AUGCGUGGAUUUAUUAUUUUGGCUGUCUUUGCUGUGGCUCACGCUGAUGUGGGUGGCUACAACUAUGGAGCAGGUAUUGGAUCAGGAUCCAUCUCUGGAGGCUCUCUGUCUGGAAGUUCCAUCUCUGGAGGCUCCCUGUCUGGAGGUUCCAUCUCCGGAGGCUCGAUCUCGGGUGGCUCCAUUUCAGGUGGUGCCCUCUCUAGCGGUUCCCUGUCUGGGGGUUCCUAUUCCACCAACUACGCUCCCGUGAACACCGAGUUCAACAAGGAGUUCUACACCUACUCCGCACCCGAGGCCGAUUUCGAGGACAACAGGAGUGUCAGUGAUCUGGCCACAUCGCUAAAGAAGAACCUCCGUGUGGUUUUCAUCCGAGCUCCCGAGAACAAGGGCCUGGAGAACGCCGCCGUGGCCCUGGCCAAGCAGGCUGCCGAGCAGCAGACCGCCAUCUAUGUGCUGACCAAGCAGGGUGAUCUGUCCAGCCUGGCCAACCAGCUGCAGAACCUGAACCAUGUGACCGCCAGCAAGCCGGAGGUGCAUUUCGUCAAGUAUCGCACCCAGGAGGAUGCCAUCAAUGCCCAGCGCACCAUUCAGCAGGAGUACGAGCGUCUGGGUGGUUCCUCCACCUCCCACAACGGGGGCGUGGCACCCGUCCUGGACUUUGCCACCAAAGUGCAGCAGCAGCAACAGCAGCAGCUGCAGCAGGUGCAGCUGAUUGAUGAGCGUCGGGCUUCCAGCGGAAGUGUAAGCGCUGAGCUGGAGGUUCCUUCGGCAGGAUAUAUUCCACCACCAGCCGCAUCGCCCAGUUCCACGUACCUGCCUGUGAACAAGGUCAAGUAG